CACCGCCACCACCCCGCCCCGCCCGCGAUGUUCUGAGAUUCGUUGGCGACCAAACGCAGCCGGUCGCAAACCAAGUCGGCUACUCCGUCCGCCACGUUCGCAGAGCGUCUCUCCCCCUCGUCUCAGCCGCGAUGAGCGCGCGGAUGGAAGAUGUCGCCUUGCUGCUGGCCACGUCCGUGCUGAGCUGCUGGCAGAAUGCCUACUUCCUCCAGAUGGUGGUGAAGAUGCGCAGGAAGUACAACAUCAAGCAUCCCUUCGUCACGGGCAACACCGAGCUGGAGACCGUCUACAGGGCCAACCAAAACCUGCAGGACUACUACCCGAUCUUCCUGGUGACGAUGUGGACCGCUGGCCUCUUCACCAGCUCUGCCGCCGCCGCCUUCAUCGGCCUCAUGUACAUCGUGGCGCGCUACAAGUACUUCAAGGGCUACAUGGGAACGGACAACAAGCGAGUCCCCGGCUAUUUCCUGGCCAAGCGGUUGAUGUUUUCGCUCUCGGCUCUCUCCGCCGUCGGGCUGCUAAACUUCGCCCUGUGGUGGUACUGCCGAGUCAGCCUCCUCGACUACUUGAACCUCGUGGCCAAGGCAGCCUCGGCCCUGCUGCUGUUUGUAUGAACGCGGCUGCAGAGGUCAGGGCGCUGGGCCGCCAACGGUGAGGUCCCGGGUUCGAAUCUGGGCGACUGCCUGCGAUUCAGCCGGCUUCUCACAUUAUCAUGACCUCGGCCUGGUCACGAGUGACGGCACACAACAACAACAACAACAAACAACAACAACAAACGAUUCGGUGAAAUGUAGCCGUGCACUAAAUUUGGCUAAAUUCCAGCUCUGAGAAUGAACGAUAUCGAGAGAUUCGACUGUCACGCAUCGAGCAUGACAACAUCCACGUAGUCGAGUGUGGUAGGAAGGUGCUGCCCUCUGCUGUAUGGAGCAGGGAUCUCAGAGGUAGCUUCGUGAUGUCCACUUCCGCUGGCCGCUCUCCGACACGGGAGGAGUGGUGUAACUGCUCUGCGAAAGUUCCAAAAGGACAAACAAUAUAACAAUGCCAUAGAACAAUACAUGUAACAGGACAAACAAUAUAAGAAUACAAUAUAACAAUACAAUAGAACAAUACAAUGUAACAGGACAAAAAAUAUAACAAUACAAUAGAACAAUACAAUGUAACAGGACAAACAAUAUAACAAUACAAUAGAACAAUACAUGUAACAGGACAAACAAUAUAACAAUACAAUAUAACAAUACAAUAGAACAAUACAAUAUAACAGGACAAACGAUAUAACAAUACAAUGUAACGGGACAAACAACAAUAGGUAACAUUGAAGCAAAUAUAUAUUUAAAGGAACACAAUGUUUCAAAUUCAAUAAGUGGUUUUUAACCCCAACCCAAUGCCCCCCCCCCCCCCCCCCCACUGAUGCUUUGUCACAUGACCAAGUGGCACGUGUGUCUAAAAUAAAAACUCUACACACGUGGCACGUGUGUUGUGAUGACGGUUGUUGAAUGUUCACGUGCUGUUGCCCGUCACGUGCUGUUGCCCGUCACGUGUUUUGCCCGUCACGUGUUUUCCAAACGCCACAACAACUGCACGCGCGUCUACGGGGUGGCGCUCGUUUGUCGCUGUGGUUCGCGGUUCGAACCCCAACGGGGGGUCUGCCCUGGUUAAUACUGCAGUGUGCGUGUUAACUAUGAUUAUGGUCUACAUGUCGUUUUUUUUUUUUAAAUCUGUAAUUGUGGAAUGAUUUUAUGUCGUCUGCCUACCGAGUCGCCCUUCAAAACCAGAUUCUUAGCUCAAUGGACUUCACUAGGGAUUAAAACUUCUCAUUCUCAAAAUUGGCUUCUUUUUGGGUUAGCUCUUAUCUUAAAUGAAUUUAUAAAGCGCCUUAACAAUGGCGAUAUACACAGAGUUAACAGUACUACAACAAGAACAACUCGUGUGUGAAUAUAAUGGUGGAGAUGGGGUGAAUGAAAUGGACGAGAGGGAAGCAAUGGG